CCAAAAGUGCGAAGAGAAAAUUGAGAGCCAAGCAUUGAAACCAUAAGGUAAAUAUGACAAAAAAUGGACCUACUUUGAGAAAAUUUCUUAUUCUAAGGUUAUCUAAGAAAACAGUUCAUAAUUAAAUUAUUUAUUUUAUUUGUACUUUUUGAGUAAUUGUUUCCGUAAGUUUAAAGGACUACCAACUUAUUCUUAAUGCAAAAUAAAUUAGAUAAAAAAAUUUAGUGUACACAUAAGUGGUAAUAUUCAAACACGUUCCUUUAAUUAACAAAAAGAAAAAAAAAAGUAAUACCACCCGAUGAAGUAAGAAAAAACUAAAAAAAAUAAAUGAAGUUGUUUUUGACUAAGAAACGAAACGUGUUGAAAGCACCCAAGCAAAGUAGCUUGCUAUUGUUAAUUUAUUUAGGUUGUAUUUUAAAGAGAAGAGAAAGAUAAUAAAGCUAGGAGGCUCAUUAGUAAGUGCAAAGGAAGGAGGAAAAUAAAGAGAAUGCCAUGUUCAAGAAAAGAAGCCCUUAUUAAGCUAUUCUACUAUGUCACAAGUGCUAUCAAGUUCUUCUUCCUCUUUUUCUACCUCUUCUCCCUCUUUUUUGCUAAGCUCUUCACUUAUUUUUUCAGCAGAACCGACGACGAAUAUGAGGAUGAAAUAUCAAAUGAAGACGACGACGAAGAUGAGGAUGAAGAGGAAGAGGAAGAGGAAGAUGAAGAAGAUGAGUACGUUUAUUAUUCUUCACAUGUGGAAGCCAGAGAUGAUCAUCUUGUUGCUGAUAUACUAAAUGAUGGAGAGGCCUUAGUUUUUCUUCCUAAAGAGUUAUUAGGUGAUGAUAAUCAAUCUAGUACUCACUCACUUGUUCAUAACAGCUCCUAUGAAAGCUUAUUUCAAGACCCACUUGAAGAAGCCUUUGAUGAUGAAAUGUUCCAGUUUCAGAACUCCCCAAAUAGCGGCUCUGAAUUCGACCACAAUUACACUGAUGAUGAUGAUAUUGGUGAGGACGAUGUUGAUUAUGAAGUGAUCAAUGAAGAGUUUAUAACAACAACUAUGGGAUCCAAUGUAGUAGAUGAAAUCUCUGAGUUAAUAGAUGAAGACAACACCAACAAGUACAGAAAUAAUGAUAAUUUUAACGAGUGUGGGUCAGUGUACGAAGAGGUGCCCGAGACAUCUCCAAGAAUUAUUGAAGCUAAGACAUAUGGCUUAGAGAUGAAUGGUGAAAGUAAUUAUCAAGGAGGUCAAAAUGAUGAGAAGAAAUUUGAAGUCGUAAAAGAAGAUUCGAAUUUUACAAGGGAUGAAAAAUUUCUCAUAUUUGAUCCACCCACAUCGGAAGCUAAGAAAUUGAUUAUAGAGUUGGAAAAAGAAGAGGGGUUAUUUGAAGACACAUACACUGUUGGAUCAACUUCUAAAAGUUCAUCUGAAUGGAGGAGUUCGAUAAGGGAUUCGGGUACUGAUGAUCCGUUUUCUUCUUCAUCAAGGAGGAGUUGCCCCAAAUGGGAGUCAUAUGCUGUUUAUCAAAAGUAUGACGAGGAGAUGAUGUUUCUUGACAGAAUUAGUGCACAAAAGCUCCAUGAAACAGAAUCACUAAGAUCAAUUCAAGUGGAGCCAAGAUCAAUAUCCCAAAGAAUAGUGCAUAAACUGGCUAACAAGAAGAAGAGGAGUUCAGAUGAUGGAAUCUACAAGAAUAAUCCAUACAAUGAACUAGAGCUAGCAUAUGUAGCUCAAAUUUGUUUAACUUGGGAAGCGCUUAACUGGAACUAUGUAAGCUUUCAGCGUAAGCGCGAUUCGAAAACGGAAGCGCUGGACGACAAUGGCUGUCCUGCACAUAUAGCGCAGCAAUUCCAGCAGUUUCAAGUACUUCUUCAGAGGUAUGUUGAAAGUGAGCCUUAUGAGCGUGGUAAGAGGCCUGAAAUUUACGCGCGAAUGAGAAGUGCUUCCCCUAAAUUGCUUCAAGUGCCUGAGUAUCAUGAUUAUGAAGGCGAAGAGAAAGAAGUUGUUAGUGGAAGAAUAGCGUCGGAAAUGUUCCUCAAGAUAUUGGAAGAUGCAAUUCAAACAUUCAUGAACUUUCUGAAAGCAGAUAGGGAGAGUCAUUGUCAAGUUAUCACUGCUCUAUUAUUUAAAGCACGUCCAAGAGGAUCAAUUGAUCCUACUGUUAUUAAUGUGGUCAAGAAACACAACAAAAAGAAGAAGUUGAAGCUGAGAGAAUUGCAACGGACUAGUAUAUGUUUUAGAAAAAGGAAUUUAACAAGGGAGGAAGAAAUCGACAUUUUGAUGGGUUUAAUUGACUUAAAAGUGGUCUCAAGAGUUUUAAGGAUGGCAGAAAUAACACAAGAACAAUUGCAUUGGUGUGAUCAGAAGAUGGGCAAACUUAGACUUUUAGAAGGAAAACUACAGAGAGAUUCCUCUCCUCUUUUCUUCCCUGCACAUUGACCCACAUAAACUAUAUGCUUUUGCUUUGAUGACUAGACUCUGCAUGGAAAUGAAUAUCCAGUGGGAAAAUCAAACAUCCCUUUUGGCUCUUAAUUGGGUUUUCAUAUAGACCCUCCGUCCUCAAUUAGUAGUCACACUGAUAAUGGUGGUAGAUUCUUUUAGAAACAAAAAAACAAGGUUAGAAGACCAAUAAUAAGAAAUAAUUAGAGAUUGGUUAAUGACAUUUUUAUUAAGUAGCUCAAAUAAGAAAAUUAAAUUUAUGGUUCCACCUUUUUCAUUAUUCCUUUAGAUUUUGUAGUUGGUGGUCCAUAAUCCAAGAUAUCAUAAGCCCUAAAUGAGAGAGAUAGAAUUUUCCUGAAUAUCCUAACUAGGGCACUUUUUGUAUAUAAAAAAAGCAAGGGAAUUUGAAGUUAGUAGUGCCCUACAAAUCAAAGGCAAAUUCAUGUGGAUGAUACAACUUUUGGCGAUAAUAUGAGGGAAUCGUAUAAAGAGGGAGUGUAACUUUGUUUUGGGCUCCUUGAUGUGCUGGACGUGGAAAGUGAAAGAGCAACAGGCAAUUAGCAAAGCAAGGAACCAGACUACCAGAGGAUAUAGACAAGUAUGGCUUUAGCUUUAACUUUAUUUUCCCUUUUAUAUGAGGGAUUGUUUAUAGAGAAGGUUUUAGAGAAAUAUUUUAAAAGAGAGAAAAUGUAAAGUUUGCUGCAGACUACGUAGUGGGAAUAAAAAGGUUGCGCAUGUUACACUUAAAGAUUAGCAACCUCAUGUCCCACUAGUUUUAGUGGGAAAAAAUAAAUAUUUGAACAAGUAGAGUUGUUACUUGUUAGCACUUAGCUUGAUACAUCAAAAAAGAACAUUUUUACUUCUUUUGAAUAUUUUUAAGGGAAAACAAUUGCUACUUCA